UUCGAUCUCGGCAAAUAUCCCUUCUGCUGAGACGCCCGUCUGCCAACGUCGUCAGACACGGCGACUAUCUAUUCGAAAUUCUUGCAUCGUUGAUGUUCUCCCAAAAACAUAACUCUCAACACUGAUUUUCCUUCGGUGAAACAAGUGAAAAAAUUGAAAAUCGAAAACAGUGAGCAAACCAAAAUUUCAGAUGUGUAAAAUGUAAGUGGCUAAUUCGGAAGCUGUUCAGUCCUUUGCGAGAUUUUCAUCAGUGACAACGUGUUUUAGUGAAAGAGUAGAACGCGAAACGAGAAAACCCCUAAACUGAACAAAGAAACAUAAGGAAAAUAAAAAAAUAAAAAGUAACCAAAAAAUACAUUCGAUAAAGGUGAAGUGUUCUCAAGAAGGCCAUUUAUUAAUUGGCAUGUGAAUUGUACGGUACAGAGAAAGAUAAACAAAUAUUUUAGAAAAUAACCUACCAAAAAUGUCGAUUUAAGAAUUUUGCGCACGCCUUUUCGUAUCAAAUCGGCAAAAUACAGCUGCAAAAUGAACUCCGGAAAAUGGAUGGAGGCAUUCCGAAUAUUAAGAAACGGUUAAAAUCCAAUUGAGUUACUUUGCGAAAAAAAUCACGUUUGUAUUCAAGAAAUUUAUCAAAGUACAAAAAGGAAAAGGAAAUUGAGAAUAUACAAGUGUUCCUCAACGACGAAUAAUACCCACACCCUCCCAGUCGAAACGAAAGAAUUCGGACGCUUUGCCCUCUGCUUUGGCAUUAUCGAUUGAAUCAUCGAUCUAUAUUUACCAAUAUUUACUUGUCUUCGAUUUGGUGGAAGCAACAAGUAUCGCUUCUUCACCUUCCAUUCUUCUUGCCUUCACUUGGGUUUCAUUGGGGCGAGCUUUGCUCUGAAGGCCGUCAAAAUGACAAAAGAACAGACUACCGUCAUCCCAGAAGAGCUCUAUAAUUUGACGCAAUUGGCCGAAGUGGCUGCGGGUCGCUUAAACACUUCGGCAGAGAAGAACCCCAAGAAGGGCUACGACGAUAGCCGCAGUGGCGUUGUGACGAAUCAACCGGAUGAUGAAAUGAAGCUGUUGAGCAUGGCUGUAAGAAACAGGGCGAUAGACUUCAAACCACAUGUACUGACGAAAGACAUGCGAUCUCAUGAGGGCGAAAAUCGGCAAUUAACUGUAAGCGAAAAUUGUGAAAUAUCUGCAAUAAAGACAGAAAACAGAUCACCAGAACCUCCAUUCGACUCCUACCAGCAGGAACACAAUCAACAAGAGCUGCAGCAGCAACAACAACAACAUCAUCAGCUUCAUCUGCACCAUCAUCAUCAUCAUCUAUGCAACAAUUCGAAUGGUCCAACAUUCUAUUCAUCGUCUGACGAUGACUCCAACUACUACAGCCACAAAGUAUUUGAUCGGAAGAAAUUGCGUCGAUCCACAAUAUCGGAUAAUUCUCCGCGUUAUGAUGAACACUCUUCGUGCAGUAGCAGUGCCCCUGGCAGCACCAGCAGUGGCAGCGGCGACGAACACUCAUAUAACCACCGCCACCACCAUCAAACUCACCAGGAUUAUCGCAAUGGCAGCAAAUCAUCUUCAGGCGCCUCUAGUGAUGUGGAGAACCUACAACAAAUUCACAUUGAUUCCAGCGUAGCAGGUCUAAAUCUCUUGGAGGAUGAACACAUUUGCCCGGAAUGUGGCAAAAAGUACUCCACCUCUUCGAAUUUGGCGCGUCAUCGACAAACCCAUAGCUCUUUACACUCCAGGUCGAUUAUGGACAAAAAGGCUAGACAUUGCCCAUUUUGUGAAAAGGUUUAUGUCUCUAUGCCUGCAUUUUCGAUGCACGUUCGCACUCACAGUCAAGGAUGUGAAUGUCAGUAUUGUGGCAAAAAGUUUUCCAGGCCGUGGUUGCUGCAGGGUCAUAUUAGGACGCAUACAGGUGAAAAGCCCUUUAAAUGCAACGUUUGUACCAAAGCCUUUGCGGACAAGUCGAAUUUGCGGGCCCACAUUCAAACGCAUUCAAAUACAAAGCCUCACACCUGUAAACGAUGCGGCAAAGCUUUUGCUCUUAAAUCCUACCUGUAUAAGCAUGAAGAGUCCUCCUGCAUGAAGAAUCAUCAUAGAACGGACAAAGAAGUGCGAGGUAAUCGCUCUACACACCAUAACCAGACAAAUAACAACCAGGAGCCUGUAAAGACUAGUGGUUCAAUAAAUUCUGGAUUCGCAGUAGAAUCGGCCAAAUCGACAUUGGCCACCAAACUCCUACAAAAAGAGAAGGACAGACAGCAGGCAAUUAAGCAUUACACCAACUUAGCAAAUCAAGGAGGCCUUCAAAUCAUACCUGUGGGUGGCGAUAACCUCCAGCCCAGCUUGGAUAUAUCACACCAGCAAAAGUCCUACACCAUGUUAACAAAUCCCAUGACGGUCGAAGACUACGAGAAUUAUAAGCGCAUAAGUGUCAUACAAACACCGGCCGUCAUUAAUGGAGUUGGCCAUAUCUUUGCGCCUGCCCUUAAUUUAGAUAUGGGCUCGACGCAAACCAGUCCCCAAGUGCAAGUGCAAUUUUAUGGCAGCUCAAAUGUGGUCUCCAGCGAGCAGAUGCAAGAUCAGCCAGUAGACUUUUCGCCCAAGAACAGUUUCACACAUUCAGCUAAAACUAGUCCCUUUGAAUUGACAGGAAACUAUGCCAUUGUCGCCUAAACUCUUACAAAAACAGAAAUGGAAAAAGACACAAAAGUAUCUCAAGAAAAUUAAAAUGCAAUGCCAAAGACAAUGGGCAUACCCAAAAAUCCAACACACAAAAAAUGGAAAUUAAAAAAAAACAACCCCAACCCUCCAUGAUAUGAUGAUUAUGAUAUUAACUAGUUUUAGUACAAGUAUUUACUUACAUACAAACACACUUGCUUACUUAGCCAUGUAGACGAUCCAAAACAUAUGUGAUAGUAAAUUUAUAUACUUACGUACAUACAUGCAUACGUAUUUGUCUAGAUAAUUAUUUUUUGUAAACCAUGCCAAUCAAAGGACAAACUUUCUACCAUCAGAAAAGGCAGUGCAGAUUUUUUUUUUUUUUUAAUUAUUUUAAAAUAUCUUUACUUACCAUCUGGUGGUCUUUUUGCCAAAGAAAGUGUGCGCACAUACUCUGCUCUCUGCAAUGCGUAUGUUUUUUCGUUUUUUUGUUUAAUUACUAGACUUAGAAUGUAUUUAUGUACUUACAACUUUACAGUAUUGCAAACAAAUUUCAAUUGUCAUUAUACAACAAAUAUUGUAGUUUAGAAAUUCCAACGAGAAAACCCAAAAACAAAAAUAAGCACAAGAAAAAUCCAUGAAGGAAAGCAAAAUGGAGCCGUUUAUACACAUGCACUUGCAAAGAUAUUUUCAAUUAUAAAUAGUUUGUAGUGUUACCUGGUAUUUGUAGUUUAGUAUUAUGAACCUAGUUUUAGUUUAGCAUUAAAGCACCCAUGUAUUUGGCUUUGAGCCUUUGGCUCUGAGCGAAUAUAGACGAGAUGAUCUAGUCUUUAAAAUUAGUAACAAAUCGAAUGGCAAUCUUGGAGGCUCCUCCAUAUCAUUUGAUUUGUCUUGCAUUCGAUUUGGCUCCCCAAUUUCGUAGGCAGAACCUGAUACACUACAAAUUAGCUACCAUUGUAAUUUUUUUUUGUUUUUUGUUUCUGAAAGCUAUGAUAGACCAUUGAUGGCCGUUAUUGGUGCAAUAUUAUUUAUGCGAUUAUAACCUAAACAUUUACUUGAAUUUUUUCAUUUGACUAUUUUAUGUUAAAACAUAAGCACAGCCUAAGGGAAAAACUCACUUCAAAGUUGCCAUUAGUGGGCAUUGAAUUUCAUUGUGCCCCGGAUAGACCUGACCUCUUUGACGCGCAAUCAAUUUGUGAACGUAAACUUGAGAUUGAUUAAGAAAUUGCAAUGAAUUCAUAAUAAGCAGUUUAACAGUCGUAGAACAUCUUGGAGCCAAGAGUUUUAAAGCCUUUACUCAAAAAAUUAAAUGGGAUUUCUUCAUGUAAUACUUGGCUCUUGGAAUCACGCAGAAAGCCGAAUACGUUUGUUUUUGUUUUGUUUAGUCAUUCAGUGUUGUUACACAUUAAAGGCCUGCAAAUGUCAAAUUUUUCUCCAGUAAUGCCAUCUGUCGUAAACCAAUCAUCAACGCACAUUAUGCCAAAAUACUCCAGUGUUGUGCUGUAAUGCCAAACAAUCACCAUGUCAUUCAUUGACUGUUAGCUGAGCAACACGGCAUACCUGCAAUGCAACUAACAACAAUGUCAAUUUCGAAAAUAUUUUGAAAUAGAAAAAAUCUUAAAAAAAUCUAUAUGAUGGCGUCAAACGAUGGCGUCGACAAAAUGGCAUCGUAAAACCUAUUUCCCAAUUCUGUAAUUAUGGAUUUUUAUGGUACUGCACAUAACUGUUAAAAAAGAUUUUUGCGGUAUUUACGAUACCAUAUUCUGGACCAUAUUGGUGUAGAAUGUUUGCGAGUCUUUCGUAUAUUGCAACUGGCCAUGUAUAUACAAAAUGGUAGUAAUUUUUUCUUUGUUUUAUAAUGGAAAUUUUUAAACAUGCUCAAAGUCCGUCUGCGUUCAAAUAAAUUGAUUUAAAAUAAAAAAAUCAACCCAUCGAUUCCAUUGUCCAACUUAAAAAAAAAAUCAUAUAUUUGCUAUUAGAGCAUUUAUAGAGACGUAGUAUUUCUAAUUUUCUUUACAAUUUUUUUACCUUUUUUUAAAAUUUAACUAAAAACAAAAUAUUUUAAUAUUAUCAGCACCUAAGAUUUUACUGCAAAAAAUUAUUGUUUUAGCAUUAUAAUGCCAUAUCGAGAACUUUGGAUUUUAGUGCUUAUGACAACAUGGACACUGAAAGGGUUUACAGAAAUGUCCCUUCUGUAGAAUUUUUAAAAUUAUAUAGAUUUAAUGAUUUUUGACAGGUCAAUUUUUUUUAUGACCAUUUAGCGAAGAAAAGUGGAUUUUAAUGACUUUGACAUAAAAUCGCACCUGCUUUCAAAAGUAGAAGGCUUAUAGCCAUUAAUUUAUUCUUUAAUUUAGAAACCCUGAUGCAAUGCAAUAGGACUCGAAAACGGUUUCCAAAAACUCACUCUUAAGAAUUUUGAGAAAAUAUUUGGUUUGAUUUGUUCAGCUAUAAAAAGUUGCCAAACUAAUUUUUCCCCCCAAAACAUGAACCUAUAUAAAAGAAAAAAAAAAUGUUAACUAGUUUCAUUCGUCCACAUUAUGCCAAUUCAAAUUGUAUUAGGAUACCUCUUUCCUAACUCGAGCUAGAAUUUCUCAAAGACAGAUCGAUUCUUGGGUAUUUUUUUAUACAUUCAUCGUUAAUGGGUUAAGUCUGUCUACCGAUUUUCGUUCUUCCGUUCAAUAGAUAGCCGAAAUCACGAUAGCAUUCGAACGAAUGAGGCAAUCAGCAUGAAAGUUUUCAUAGUAACUUUCUAUUGAUGAAGCUCGUUGGCCAUUGCAAAUGGAUCAUUUGGUCCAAAUUGAUUUUAGUUUAUAAUACUAAACAAUUUUAAAACACUUAAAAAUUGUUUCGUACUACGUUUCUCAUACUGUUCGAAAACUGAGCUGAGCUUAUUCAAAAAACUGGUGAAAGUUUUUAAUAUUUUUAUAACCUACACCACUACUGUCGUACAAGGAAGAGAGAUAGACCCCUUAACAAACAUAACGAUCGACUCAAAAUUAGUUUUUGAUUCGAUUUAGCUGUGUCCGUCUGUCUGUCCAUCUGUUUGUCGAUAUGUCCGUCUUUCUGCCUGUCUGUCUUUCUGUCCAUGUUAAUUUAUGUACAAAUUUAUUACAUGCAUCUUUUUUGGUCUUGAGGCGAAGCCUAUCGAAAGUUGAAGAAAUCGGUUCAGAUUUAGAUACAGCUCCCAUAUAAAUCGUCAUUUGUCAAUAUCGUCUCUAAUGACUCUUCUGAUCACUAGUGAAUUUUAAUAGAAAUCGAUUCAGAUUUAGAUAUAGCUCCCAUGUAUAUGUAUCGCCCGAUUUUGACUUCUAGAGCCAAUAUAUUGCACAUCUAUCUCCUCUAUUACGCCUCAAAGAUGUACGGAUUUUAAAUUUUUUUUUUUUUAAUGAAAUUUUUUUGAAGCUUAAGUUAGGUUAGGUUGUUGGGUGAGUUUGGGGACGGUAAAUCCCUUACCACAAUUUCCCUUUCCGGGAUUCUCAGAGACAUACUGAUAUUGAGGGAGACCUUAGGAGUUACCCCCCACUUCCUACCGAACAUCCUCCUGCAGGAGUAAAAAUCGCACAGUGCUAGGCAUAGUCCUCGAAUCAAUUAACUAAAAAAUGUACACCCAGAAAACUUAGUCUGCUGAUUUCAACAAAUACUGUCUGCUCAUAUUAAAUUUAAAAUUUCAAACUUUUGACUGAAUCCAUACAACAUUUUGAACUUCUAUACAACAAAUCCACUUGAAGCCGUCAAUUUUUUUAUUUAAAAGCACAAAUAUAAUAGAAGUAGUUAUUUUGUCUGCUGUUAUUUAAUUUAGCAAAUUAUAGAAAAUUGGGAAAAAGUUUACGGUAUAUGCUUGUAAAAUUUUAAUUUAAUAUAGAAUAUACAUACAUAUUUUUAUAUUAGUGACAUUAAUAACAUUUUUUUCUUUUAACCAUUUGAAAACAGCAAGAAAUGUUUGCUGUUUAAGGAAAAAAAAUUACUUCUGUCCCAUUUUCAGCAGACUUUCUGCUGUUAUACCAAACAUUUUUGCUGUUUUUACUAACAUUAUAAAAAAUUGCAAAUUAGCCCAUCAACAUACCAUUAAGAAGCAGCGGGUAUACUUCUCUCUCUCACUCUCUCUCUCUCCCAUAUCAAUGAGUACUGUCCGUACUACAAUAGUUUAAGCUCAAUGAUAAGGGACCAACUUUUUAUAGCAGAGUCCGAACGGCUUGCCGCAGAGCGAUAUCGCUUAAGUAGAGAAGUUUACACGGCUGAUAACUUAGGGUAAAUACCUCACAAGUGUCGCGAGCACUGGGAGAGGGCAUACCACCACUUAAAAAAACGAAGAGAAUGUAAACAAAAAUCUAUUAAAUCUGACCGGCUGUUAACAGUUGCUCGAUUGAGAUAACCUUUAGUGGCUGAGCCAUGCGGUGACCCAUAAUAAGGGACUAGCAGCCUUCAAAAUAUAAAUUUUUGCUUUCACAUAAAUACGCUGACACGAAACCGAAGCUAAACAUAUAUUUUUCUAAUUGCUGCCCAAGUUAAUAAUAUAAAUUUUUUUGUUUGAAAAAUUAAUUUGCUAGAAUAACAAAACGAAUUGAGAAAGAUUCUAUGCCAAAAGAACUGCUCCGGGUUCGAGGCAACAAACAAUGAAUUACGCUAACUUCUGAUAUUGGCAUGACUCCUAUAGGGCGUGCAGCACAGAUUAAAACGAAUGAUCGUCAGAAUGGGGCAAGGUCUGGACUAUCGGGCGGUCCACCCACGAUUUCCUAAAUUAUUUGGACCGGUCUUGUAAUAUGUGACUUGGUCUUGAAACGAUGUCACAGUUCGUAUAUUCUGGUCGGUUUUCCUUGAUUGAUAUAUUCAAAAGCAUGCAUUUUGUUCAGUACAGGCCCCUGCGAUCGAAAAUACCCUUCUGAUCCCACCACCUUGGCGUCAUCAAGAUUCGGAAUCUGCGUUGAAUUGGUUAAAUUUUUCGGGGUGACAGCACUGUUUGAUAAUUGUGCCUAAACACCAUCCGUGAAUGUGAAAAGUAUUCAAUGUACCCUGCCAUUUCAUCAUGGAGAAACUCACAAACGAGCAACGCCUGCAAAUUGUUGAAAUUCAUUAUUAAAAUUCGUGCUCUGUAACAACAGCUCAAUGGAAAUCCACUGUUUUAUCGAAUAAUUGUGUAUAACGAUAAUGCUCA